AGUAGAUUUCUGGAAAUACCAGAAGAGUGAGAGCUCCUUUUGCAGCCAAAAGGGGAGCUGACACAGGGUCUAUCAGUGGUUCACUCUGCAAACUUCAGUUUUAUCCAUCUAUUUCCAGCCAACAGUCAAAACUAACACCAUGUUUGCGGUCAGAAACGCUCUCCGUCUGGGCUCCAGGUUGUCCAUUUCUAGGCUGUCGAGGAGAGGAUGUGCCGGAGCUUCCAUCCCGGUGGACGAUGUGGUGAACGGACUCACCGACGACCAGAUACAGCUCCGGGAGAGUGUUCGUAAAUUCUGUGCAGAACAGCUUGCACCUCAUGCAGAUGAAAUUGACAAGAAGAAUGAGUUUCCAGAAAUGCGGGAUUUUUGGAAAGCAAUGGGUGAGAUGGGUCUUCUCGGGAUAACAGCUCCAGUGGAAUUUGGGGGCACUGGAAUGGGCUACUUGGAACAUGUAAUUGUGAUGGAGGAAAUAUCCAGAGUUUCAGCGGCCAUCGCCCUCAGUUAUGGCGCCCACUCUAACCUUUGUGUCAAUCAGAUGGUGCGUCAUGGGAACGAGGAACAGAAGGAGAAAUAUCUACCAAAGUUAAUGACAGGAGAACACGUAGGAGCUCUGGCAAUGAGUGAACCCAAUGCUGGCUCUGAUGUCGUGUCCAUGAAACUCAAAGCUGUAAAUACAGGCAACUACUAUGUUCUUAACGGCAACAAGUUCUGGAUCACAAACGGGCCAGAUGCCGAUGUCCUUAUCGUUUAUGCAAAGACAGAUCCUGACGCCCAUCAGAGGGGCAUCACAGCUUUCAUUAUUGAAAAGGGAAUGCCAGGGUUCUCUACUGCACAGAAGCUGGACAAACUGGGCAUGAGAGGAUCCAACACCUGUGAGCUGAUCUUUGAAGACUGCAAAGUCCCAGCAAAGAACAUCCUGGGCCCAUUGAACAAAGGUGUUUAUGUGAUGAUGAGCGGCCUUGAUCUGGAGAGGCUUGUGCUGGCAUCUGGACCCAUUGGCAUCAUGCAGGCAGUUCUGGACUUUGCGAUCCCCUACCUACACGUCAGAGAAGCUUUUGGACAGAAGAUCGGACACUUCCAGCUAAUGCAAGGAAAGAUGGCAGACAUGUACACCCGACUGAGCUCGUGUCGACAGUAUCUGUACAACGUCGCUCGAGCCUGUGACAAGGGACACUUCAGUGCAAAGGAUUGUGCUGGAGUGAUCCUGUACUGUGCUGAGAACGCCACUCAGGUUGCUUUGGAUGGAAUUCAGUGUUUGGGAGGGAACGGCUACAUCAACGACUACCCCAUGGGGAGAUUCCUACGCGACGCUAAGCUGUAUGAAAUCGGAGCAGGCACAAGCGAGGUCCGCCGCCUCAUCAUCGGACGGGCCUUCAACAGCAUGUUCAAAUAAGAACAACCAAGGGCAUUCAUCAAAGACUGAACGAGCGUUUUGCCAUGAAUGAACACGGUUACUCACACCCACAGCCUUAUACUGAAAUGAAUUCAUAAAUAAUGUGGAAACAUGGGAUCAGAUGGAAACGCAAGCUGAAUGACAAAAGGCAGAACAGAGUUGUGAUGACAACUGAUGUUUCCCUCUGAGCAAUAAAAUCACUAUUACUGAGCUUCAUAAAUGAGUCAUUUCCUAGAUUUUUCUCUUAUAAAUUUGUUUCCAGGUUUUGACCUCCUUUAAUGCAGAUGUUACAUUUACUAGAGUAAUUUUGUAUUUUAUUUAGACCGACCCACGUGAUCAGUAUCGAUUUACUUUUUGCCUUGAACACUCCAACAUGAGUUCCUGAGUUGCUGCUACAUUUUGUCAAUUAAAUGUACAAAAAAAAAAGAAGAUUCUAAGAAUAGGAUUAAAAUCUACAGAAUGCAAACAUGAUCAAACAGAUAAGAACAGACUGACCGUUUAUGGUUGAUAAAAGUAAAAUACUGUACUUUGAUCACUCAUAAAUGGGUAGAGGUUUUUUAUGCAGCUGACCUCUGUUUAUGAUUUCAUUUGAUGUUACUGAUCAGCUGCUGUCUGUGAGAACUGUGUAGAGGUUUAGCAUUAGAAAACCUGUUUGUUUUGGGAACAAACAACAUAUUCCACUGGUGUGUAUUCUAUAAACUGUCCUGCAGAGUUGUCCACCGCAGAGGACUGUGAUUUUAUUGUUAUGUAGAUGUACAGUAUGUAUGUAAUAUAGUACUUUUGUUUGUGAUAAUCACAAUAAAAACUGGGUAAUUUGCUGGA